UCAUCAGUCUCUCUGUCUCACUGCAGCAACAAUGGCUUCAAACUUGUGGUCAGAGGAUCAGUUUAGCUGUUCAGUGUGUCUGGAGCUAUUGAAGGACCCAGUCACUAUUCCAUGUGGUCACAGUUACUGUAUGGGGUGUAUUAAGAACUGCUGGGAUCAGACUGAUCAUACAGGUGUCUACAGCUGCCCCCAGUGCAGAGAGACCUUUACCCCAAGACCUGUUCUGUGCAGAAACACCAUGCUGGCUGAAGUUGUGGAGAAAUUAAAGAAGACAGGACUCAAUCCUCCUCCUGCUCAAAGUUAUGCUGGACCUGGAGAUGUGCCAUGUGAUUUCUGCACUGGGAGAAAGUUCAAAGCUGUGAAAUCCUGUUUGACGUGCCUGGCCUCUUACUGUGAAACACACAUCAAGCCACACUAUGAGGGGGCUGCUUUCAAGAGGCACAAGCUGAUCAAUGCAAUUGGAAAUCUGGAGCAGAAGCUUUGUGCUGAACACCAACGAUUAUGUGAGGUCUUCUGUAGAACCGAUCAGACGUGUAUUUGUGUAUUGUGUAUUGACAAGGAACACAAGAGCCAUGAUACAGUCUCAGCUGAAGCAGAAAGGAUUGUGAAACAGAAGCAGCUGGGAGAGACACAGACAGAAAUACAACAGAGAAUCCAGGAGAGACUCAAAGAAAUUGAGGAGCUGAAACAGGCUGUGGAGUCACUGAAAAGAUCUGCAUGCAUAGAAAUAAAGGAAAGUGAGAAGAUCUUUACUGAGCUGAUCCGAUCCAUUGAGAAGCUCCAUACUGAGGUUAUUGAGCUGAUUGGAGCUAACGAGAAGGCUGCAGUGAAUCAGGCUGAAGGACGCAUGAAGAAACUGGAGCAGGAGAUUACUAAGCUAAGGAGGAGAAACGCUGAGCUGAAACAGCUUUCAGAGACAGAUGAUCACAUCCAUUUU